CUACCUAUGUAUAAGUAUUUCCUUGCUGGUUACUACCCCUGCAGCUUACUCCUCCAUCUCUUGUAACCCCUCAUUUCUUUUAGCUGCUAUAGUAGUGACUAAGCAUUUACGGUACACUCACUACCAUGGCGACUGUCUACUCUGCUCAUCAACCUACCUCUUUACGGGAGGUGUCGGAGCCUACACUCGAUGGUGUUGGGUACCGAUGGAUAUUGACUCCCACGGAGCGCUCCCACAUUGCAGCUAUGCUCAACUGUGAUACUUCCGACAUUGCUCUUAACGGAAACAUAAUGGCACAAGACCGCCAAGUCUGUAAAGGCUGUGGGAAGUUUUCAGGGCUGGAUGAUCUUGUUCACAAUGCAAAACAUCUAGCGGUGCACUCUCCGACAUUUAUGCUCGAUAUUCUUAAGAACGGGCCCAAAAACGGUAGCCCACCUCACGCCUUGUCAUGUUCAUCUUGUGGGGUUAUGUAUGACGGCGAAUUCUCGUGGCCUUUCCCCGAAAACUGGGCCGAUUAGCUUUUACCUUCAGUAAUAAGGUAGUGCCCCCUGUGUAUCUCAGCUAUUUUUAUACUAUGAUAGGGAGGCAGAAGCAGUUUGGGAAGCUGUUAAAUUGUGUAAUUCGUGGUGUAUUGAGCUCUAGUGUGGGUUUUUUCCCUGAUUGCGGAUCAGGUUUUCCCCAUGCGCUUGCGCAAAUGCGAGAGCUACUCGGAUAAAUGGCAGGUUCUCUAAUUUU